CCAAGAGAGGAGGCGUGGCUCCUAAGCUGCCUGGUAGUGCUUCAUUGGUUCUAAAGCGAAAGUGUUUCUGCUUUGGUGUUAAACAGCAGCACAUUUUUUUUUUUAGCAGUUCUGGGGGGGAAUACACACAUUGUUUUUCAUUAUUAUUGUCAGCAGACAGUUUGGGUUUCAUGAUGGAGGCGUUCAGAGGGUAAAGAGACAGCAAGAUGACGCAGGUCUAAAAAAGAAUCCAACAGCAAGCCUACCUGAGACAACUGGAAAGAAACGCAGAUCGCCUGAGAGUGAAAGCCCAGACCGAGGAAGAUCAGAACCAAACGAAUCUCCGGCAGAAAAGUAUCGGCGGACAGGAGAGCUACCAUAUGACAUGACCCCUCGGGAACAUCUCCGCAAGAUGUCUACACUGGGAGAGCAGGGCAACCUGGAGGAGAAACACUGGUACCGGCUUGUCAACGGCAUGGCAGCAGGAGAGCUACGGCAGCGACAGGAGAUGCUGAUGAGGAACCAGAUGACCAUGAACCCCCAGAUGCUGGGCCCCGGGCAGCAGAGGAUCCAGGGGAUGCCUCCUCAGUUUGAGCCACGCUUCAUGGAUAGGGAUCUAGUUUCUUCCUCUGAAAUGGUUCCCUCUGAAGCGAGGCAGAUGCACAUGGGUUCUCACCUGGGAGCUCCCCUCCCUCCACACUCCAACAUGGUGCAGAGCCGGGGCUUCCCUGGGGCAGGUUUUGGUUUCGUGCCUUCAGAGUCGAUAGAUUCUGUAGCCCGUCGGCAGGAUUUGAUUCACAAGCAAAACCUGGCCAGGAUGGAGAUGAAUGCCAUUCUUCAUCAGAAGGAACUGGAGAACGCCCACCAGAAGGGUUUGAUGGGAAUGGAAGCUCCGUUGCUGUAUUCUGGGAUUCCGGCCAAUGCCAUGAUGUUCCGAGGCAGGCAGAGGCUUCCUGAAGGCCACCUGCCCAACGACAUGUUCGUCCAUCGUACCACUUUGGAUGAACUCCAGGGCAAUGCUUUGCUCAUGUCUGCCAACCCCUACCCUCCAAUCGGCACCUUGCACAGGGAAAGAGGACGUAGACCCGGGAGGAGGGCAUCCAAUCAGAAGAGCAUGGAUGGCAAUACUGUUGGCCCCAAGAACCAAUUGGAAGACAAGAACCCGGAUCAAACCACAGGGACUCCGAGUGGAGAGAAGGAAACGGAGGUUAAAGGAGAGUCUGAGAACGAGACCACAAACAAACCAGACCAGGCUAAAAUGGAGGUUGAUUUGUCAUCCAGUGGUGGGAAAGGUUACAAAGAUUGUGAUCAAGGCCUGCGAAAGAACAGCAAUGACACUUGUUCAGAGUCUACCAACUGCAACACUGUAUGCAGUGGAAGUGAUAAAGACCUGCCCAAUCCUUGUUCAGCUUUCCAUGAGAAAUACAUGUACCCCACAGCCAACCCUCUUUCCAGCUUAUCAUAUGGGUUCCCACUGCCUGGAAACACACUUCUUCCUCCCGGAGCUCACAGUGUUUUUCUUAAUGGGGAUGAAAUGUCUUCUAUUGAAGACAUCCGCAAGUGGACAGUGGAAGACGUGUAUAUCUUCAUUAACAACAUCCCAGGCUGCUCAGAAUAUGCACAGACAUUCAAGGACCACAUAAUCGAUGGUGAGACUCUUCCGCUGCUUACAGAAGAGCACCUUCUAGACACUCUGGGUCUGAAACUGGGGCCAGCGCUGAAAAUCCGAUCCCAGGUAUCUCGGAGACUGGGCAACAUGUUUUACAUGAUGAACCUCCCCCUCUCGGCUCCCUUGCAGCCUACCCCGGAGAAGCCUGCCGACCAGUCCUCUGAGGUGAACUCCCCAGUCAACUGCAACAGCAGUGUGGAGCUCUUAGGAAGCCCCUCUUCACGGGAAUCGGAAAGCACUAAACCCCCAGUGCAGCCUGCUGCACCAGAAAACAGUGAAACAGCAGCAUAACUCCAGAAGAACCAGAACUCAGAGGGGAGGGAGGCUGCUUUAAAUAAACUGGGGGACUGCUGAGCUGGAUUCAACACCUGUUAGUUUGAUACCAAUUUGUGUGUGUGUGUAUGUAUGUA